GCAGCGUCCCCUGGAACGCCGAGGGGUGCGGUGUCACCUGGAACGCCGAGGGGUGCGGUGUCACCUGGAACGCCGAGCGGUGCGGCGUCCCCUGGAAUGCUGCACUCCUACACGGCCGCUUCCUGCGCUGUGUGCACGGAACACACAGAAACCUCCUUCCUCCUUUAGAACAAUCCCAAGCUCCAGAGGAGCGCAGAUUUCAGCCAGAACUGGCUGCCGGCAUGGCGUGGCUGCUGGCCACGGGUUCCAGGGCGCUGGCAUGGCGUGGCUGCUGGCCGUGGGUGAUGGGGCUGGUGGCAUGGCGUGGCUGCUGGCCACAGGUGACCGGGGUGCCAGCAUGGCGUGGCUGCUGGCCACGGGUGACCGGGGUGCCAGCAUCCAGGGACCUGUUGGCAUCGGGGGCAGCUGCUCCGGGCUUGUUCGCAGGGGUGGGGAGGAUGGAUUCUAUUGUGAGAAUACGAAGUUCUGAUAGAAAUGGAUGAAGUGGAUGCAGAGCGGGGCAGACAGUGAACAGAUGAGCUGUGCCCGUGUUGUUUUGCUGAGAGGCUUUGACUCGAGCUCUUUGAGACUGCAGUUUAGCCUAACAGGACAUUAUUUUCGCUCAUAUACAUAUAAAACAGGAAGCGCAUUCAGAUAACAUCAACAGCCGCUUCCUUAUAUGUACAAAAAUAAAGUGCUCUGACACCAGCAAAACCGGCGCUUUGAUUGUAGAGAGGACAGAAACCUUGUGUGCUGCAGCCGCGCACGGGAGAGACCAGCGCGGAGCAGGGACAGAGCUGGAGAGGGCCCCGGUGCCACCGCCUGCAGCCCCGGCACUGAGCACGACAGGACGCAGUGUCAUCCAGGCUGUCCCAGACGUCCUCCCCGCAGCCGGGCUGCCCGUCGCCCUCCAUCCAGCCCGCCAAAGCCAUCUCCUCGUCGCAGAAGCACAGCAAGAAGGCGCUCAAACAGGCCCUGAAGCAGCAGCAGAAGCAGCAGCAGCAGAAGCAGCAGAAGCAGCAGCAGCAGCAGCAGCAGCAGCAGCAGCAGCAAUGCCGCGCCGCCAUGCCCACCAGCCAGCACGCCCUGCUCAAGGCCGUCAAGGCGGCCGCUGACUCCGCACCCGCAAAAUCUGCUUGGGACGGAAAGCAGUCGGAUGGGCGGUCGAGCAGCCCUCACAACUCCACCUCCAGCUCCUCUCCCUCUGUGAAGCUGGAAAACUCCUUGCCAGGGCUGGGCAAGAAGCCGUUCCAGAGAUCCGACAGGCUCCAUGCAAGGCAGCUGAAGAGGACCAAGUGUGCGGAGAUCGACGUGGAAACUCCGGACUCCAUCCUGGUGAACACCAACCUGCGGGCGCUCAUCAACAAGCACACGUUCUCGGUGCUGCCCGCCGAGUGCCAGCAGCGCCUGCUGCUGCUGCUGCCCGAGGUGGACCGGCAGGUCGGGGCGGAUGGUCUGAUGAAGCUGAAUGGCUCCGCGCUCAACAACGAGUUCUUCACGUCGGCCGCCCAGGGCUGGAAGGAGAGGCUGUCAGAAGGUGAGUUCACACCAGAAAUGCAGCUGAGAAUACGGCAAGAAAUAGAAAAGGAAAAGAAGGUGGAGCUGUGGAAGGAGCAUUUCUUCGAGAGCUACUACGGUCAGAGUUCUGGACUAAGUCCCGAAGAGUCCAAGAGACUGACAGCAAACACCAGCCCUGCCGAGCUGGAGCCCGAACAUCCCGCAGCUGAGCAGCCCAAAUGCAUGACGGCCUCACCGGCACCGGCCCUGGCACCGGCACCGGCACCAGCCCGCGGGGAGACGGCUGCACCCACAGAGCCUAAAGCACCGGUGGCUCAGGAAGCAGCAGCCACCAGAGGAGGAGCAGAGGAGAGCGGGGAGGACCCGCAGCCCAGAGCAGCCAGAGCCGCGGGUGCCUCGGGGUCCCCGGCUGGGAGCGCAGCAAAGCCCAACGGCCAUGCUGGCCCUGGGCAAGAGAAGGUCCAAGGAGAAGCCAUUCAAGAGAAACCCCCGGUGGCCGGUGGCCAGAAGGCAGAAGAAGACAGAAGGCACGUGGCAGCCCAGGCAGCGCCAGCCAUGGAGCCGGGCAGCACCUCAGCUUCGGCUCCGACCAAACCAAAGAGCCCCGGCGCGGGUGAAGCGGCAGCGAAUGUGAAAAGUCCAGAAGCACCGGAGAAGGCGUCCCCCGGCAGUGAGGACAUGGAGGUCAGCGUUGAGGCCCCUAAGAGGAAGGCAGAGAGCUGCGAGGACGCUCUGAGCACUCCUGAGAAGAAGCCGCGUGUCUCGGAGAGCUGCCAGCCGGCGCCGGCGUUUCGCAGCCAGCCGCAGCCCUUUCCCGCCGCCGGCACCGCCGGGCCGCGCGUGCCCCCGCUCAAGAUCCCCGUGUCCAGGAUCUCCCCGAUGCCAUUUCCCGCGGGCCAGGUCUCUCCCAGGGCAUGUUUCCCGCUCUCGCUCACCAGUCCGGGCCGCAGAGGGGCCAGAACCUUGGCCGACAUCAAGGCCAAGGCCCAGCAGGCCCGGGCCCAGCGAGCAGCCGCCGCCGCCGCUGCCUCGGCCGGGGGGGCUGUGCCGGGGCCUGGGCCGGGCGGCGGGGGGGCCCCUCCGGGCGGCGGAGCAGACAAGAGUAGCGCAGCAACGGGGGGAGCCGGCCAGGCGGGAGCUGGAGGAAGAGCACUGGAACUGGCAGGAACUGGAAGCGGGGGAGGUUCGAGAAGGUUUCUUCCCCACUGCGCAGGGACCCCCACCCACAUGGAGACCCAGGCCGCAGAGCAGGCAGCCCCGCGCAGUCCUAGAGCACAACUACAGCAGACCCCCGCGCUGCAGCCCGCAGCUCCCGCCGCUGCCACAGGCACCGGCUCCUCGUCCUCCUCCGCAUCGGCGCUAGAGAACGCGGGCAGAACCGGGCAGAGCGCCCCCAGCACGGCUGCGGAUGCGGCUCCAGGCUCCUCACGUGCUGGUGGCGGGGAUGGGCCGGAGAAAGCCCCAUGUGCUCCGGGCCAGGGCUGCGGGCCACCAGCCCUCAGGGACGGAGCGCUCGGCGUCGCGGCGUCCACGGCCAACGCCAGCAACGUAACCAAGGUGGCACCCGCGGCCGUGGGAGGGAGCAGCUCAGAUGUCUCCAAAAGCAAAUGUCCAUCGCCCCUGGUGUCCUCACGAACACCCGCCAGCUCGGGAGCCCAGGCCGGGGUCACGUCUGUCCCACCCUCCAACGCUGUGUCAGCAGCACCAGGCCUUAAAACUCACACAAGUCCAAGCUCAAGUGCAACCCUCCCAAAACCCAGCUCCAGUAUUCCUGCCAACAACCCUUUGGUCACGCAGCUUCUGCAAGGCAAGAACGUCCCUCUGGAGCAAAUCCUGCCCAAGCCUCUCACCAAAGCAGAGAUGAAAACCGUCCCGCUAGCUUCUCACGAAGAAAAAAGGGCAGCAGCAGCAGCACCCAGUGCUUCCAGUGCAGCCGGGAACGGCGCUGGAGCCGAGGGCGGCGACAGGCAAUCGAGUUUCCCCCCCCAGCAGCUCGGGAAGCUCUUCUGCCAGAACAGGCCCCUGCCGCACAUUCCACGGACCUUUCCACCGCCCCCGGGAAAGGAGCCGGGUCCGGACCAGCACCCGUGCCACGAGGCGCUCAGCAAAGCCACGCAGGAGCAGAUCCUGCAGACCCUCAUCAAGAGGGUGCAGAGGCAGAAUUUGUUGCCCGUCCUUCAGCCCUCCCAGCUGAGCCUCCCUCGCGCGGGCUUCCAGGUGGAAACCAGCUCCCCCAGCCAGAGGCUGGUGCUGGGCUUCGUGGGCAGGAGGACGUCCAAGCCCGCCAUGUCUGGGCAUUACCUGCUCAACAUCUCCACCUACGGCCGGGGCUCGGAGAGUUUGAGGAGAGGCUUCUGGAACCCCGACAGCCGCGUGUGUGUGAACAGCCCCGCUGACGGCCCGAAAGCAGAGUUUGGGGAAUGUGAAGGGCCGGGCGGCCACAGCAGCAGCGACGAAGGGGAGGAGGAUGACGAGAGCACCGGUGACGAACGGGAGCAGGUCAGUGUAAAGGAGGAGCCCCAGGGCUCUGGCCGGUGUGAAAAAGAGCAGGUAUCACACAGCAUAAGUUCGCCGGAUUACAGCCCCCUCGCUAAAAAGGGGGUAGCGACGGACGCGGCCGCCUCUCAGCAAGCGGCGGUCGGCAGGGAGAACGGGCAGGCCUUGGACAGCACCGCGCUGGCACGAGAUUUCCUUCACGCCGCUCAGGAGCAAGUGGCACAGGCGAUGCGGGGCAAAACGCCGAGCAACCCCGAGCGUUUCGGUGCUGCCGCCCCGUCCCCGGACCCCGCACAGCCGCCGAAGCUGCCGGGGACCGCGGCGGCGCAGCUCCUGGCGCCCAGUUACAGCGGCACCAUUAACGUGUCCACCGGGCCGGACGUGAGCCAGGGCUCGCUCAUGACGGGGCUGGCCGACUGCAACCAGCUGGCCAGCAGCAUGGCCAACGUCAUGUCCUUCUCCGUCACUGUCACCGCCAUCCCCGCCGGCUCCGGCGGCCACGGGCAGCCCAUCCCCGGCCAGGCCUUCACGGAGGACGGCGGCGCCGAGGAUCCCCCCUCCAAAUGUUACUGCAGGUUGAAAGCCAUGAUCAUGUGCAAGGGCUGCGGCGCCUUCUGCCAUGAUGACUGCAUCGGGCCCUCCAAGCUCUGCGUGUCCUGCCUCGUCGUGCGGUAACCGAGCCCGGCGCGGGAGGAGCACGGCGCGGCUCUGGGGUUUGCUUUCGGAAUUACGUUGGGAAGAAACAGGAAAUUACUGCCUUGCACAAGAGACACGUUACUGAAUCAGGAAUAGAGAGUAGAGUCCUUCUUUCAUUAAAGAAAGAGCACCUUCUUGUACAGUGAGUCUAAACUGCGCUCAACUGCGUGAAUUGUGACAAGAGUUUGCACUUAAGGAAUUCUGUAAAUAUGUCACAUUAUUUUGUUUAAAGAUAUUUUUUCAGUCUUUUAGGAGAGGUGGUGUUUGAGCUGUAGUUCGAUUAAGCGCAGCCCGCUCCCCGGCACGUGCUGAGCUCUGCGCCAGGCGGGGGACAAGCCCCCACUCAAACUGUAGCCUUUUGUCCUCUGCACGAAGAGGAGAACGGGAUAAUCCAGAGCUGAGGUGUCUGUGCUGAGCGCUGGCAGAGCACGGAGCCCCCGGGGGUCACCUCUGCCGCUCACGUUUCAGCUGAAACGUUUCCCAUUGGAAGGCAUUAACGUCGUCCCAGCCUUUCCCGUCAUGGCCGCUGGGCUGUGACCGCGCUGUGCAAUAUUGGCUGGUGUUCCGGUGUGCAUGCCCCGUCCUCUCGGGUCAGGGCACUGACCUGGUGUCCCCGUUUGCUACUGGUGAAUACUGAAAAAGGCAACUGUACUAACCAUAGGAUUCCAGAAUUUAAAUCGCUAAACCAGCCCGGUACCCGAUACCAGUAAUCCCAGAUCCGUUUAAAGCAGAGGUCACGCAUGUGCUGAGCUGUGUUGCGUUUCCGGAUUGUUGGACCAGCAGGAACCUCCUGUUGGAGGCGUUUCCAGUGAGCUGGGAAGCGCCGACCCCUCGCUGUCACCGCACGUGGUGGUGGUCAUGGGCAGAGCUGUCACCGCACGUGGUGGCGGUGACGGGCAGAGCUGUCACCACACGUGGUGGCGGUGACGGGCAGAGCUGUCACCGCACGUGGUGGCGGUGACGGGCAGAGCUGUCACCACACGUGGUGGCAGUGAUGGGCAGAGCUGUCACUGCACGUGGUGGCGGUGACGGGCAGAGCUGUCACCCGUGGUCGCGCUGCUCUUGGGACGGUUCCUGUGCCCCACCAGCCCCCGGCAGUCAGGCCUCUCAUUUCUGUAGGUCUCUGUUUAAUGAAGUGCGGGGACAGGAGGACGCGUGUCUGUUGGGCCUCCCCGUCAGCCCUCAGCGGAUCUCGGUGUGUCCGGGUACCGAGCCGGCGUGGCGCAGCGUGGGCCGUGCUCAGCCGAGCUGCGGGGCUGCACCGCCGCCGCGGCGGGACACAGAGGGUGACGCUCGUCCUCGCUGUCCCUGCUCACACAUCGUCCCCUUUGAUCAAUCAGAGUUAAAGCCGUUACAAAGCGGUUCCGUUCCUGCGGGAGGAACGGCCGCAGGCUGGCCAGGGAAGCGCCGAGCUGCGGUUUGAUGUGUUGGGGCGUGUCCGUGUCUCACCGAGACUCUGGGUGUCGUUUCUCUUCCGAAACAACACGAGGGUCGCCGGUCCCCUCCAGCCCCGCGUUGUCGCAUCCCGGUCAGGUGACUGAUCUGUGUCUUUUUGAUGGAAAAGCACUGAAUUCACUUUUAAUCCAAAGGCCUUUUUAAAAUGAAGCAAUAUUAAGAGGAGAGGUGGGACAGUGGUUUGCGCUCCUCAGCCUUUCCUCCUCUCUGCCGCGGGCUGCGCCGCGGCGUUGUCCCCUCGCCGGAGCCGCCCACGCUGCCGGUGACCCCGGCACGGCCGCUGGAGCGGGGUGUGUGUGCAAGGAGCGGGUAACGGUAAAGAGAAGAGCUGCGGAGUUAAUCCCAGCACAUUUCCAUUUCCGUCCCCGUCCGGCGAGCGCCGGGUCCUCCCGGCAGCGUGAGCGGGUCUGUCGGCCAGAGCUGCCGCGCAUCCUGGUCUGUUGUGCUCGUGGUGAAUUGAUGGGGGAGCAGUGACCCCCACUUUCUAGUUCUGCAUCUCUGCUCAGCCAGCCGGUGGCACAGAGCAUUUAAGGAUUAGAAAGAAAGUCCUUUUUUUUCAAUCUGUAACGGAAAUCUCAAAAAAACAUCCCAAACCCCACACCGAAUGACCCCAGUUUCCCUGCGGAGCUGCGCGGUGCUGGGAACAGGGUCGGUCCCUUGCCAGCUCAGCCCGUGUCCGGGCACGGAAGGGUUCAGCAGCGCCGUCCCCAGACACGCAUUCCCCCGGUCUCGGAUCCCCCACCACAACCCCAUUCGAGAUUGAUACAAACUGAACUGGACAAGUUGUUCUUGCCUGAACUGAGAGCGAAGAGGUUUCGCUGGCACAGUUGGAUCAGUUCUGUUCACACCUCGGCUUUGGUCGCUGUCAUUUUUCUUGCCUGACAAGGCGGCAUUAAAGGGGGAAAGAGAAGAUCAUAGAAUCAUAGAAUCAUUUUGGUUGGAAAAGACCUUCAAGGUCAUGGAGUCCAACCAUAACCCACCCUGUCCCUGCCCCAUGUCCUGAGAACCUCCUGUCCGUCUGUCCAGCCCUCCAGGGCUGGUGACUCCAGCACUGCCCUGGGCAGCCUGUUCAAUGCCCCACAGCCCUUUGGGGAAGAAAUUGUUCCCACAUCCAACCCCAACCUCCCCUGGGCAACUUGAGGCCGUUUCCUCUGCUCCUGGCGCUUGUUCCUGGGGAGCAGAGCCCGACCCCCCUGGCUCCAAGCUCCUUUCAGGCAGUUCAGAGAUCAGAAGGUCUCCCCUCAGCUCCUGUUCUCCAGUGAACCCCCAGGUCCCUCAGCCGCUCCAUCACACAGCCGUCACUGUCCCACCGCGAGGAGACCACGGUGGCUCCGGCCUCGUGUGGGACCACGCACGCACCUUGCGCAGUGACGGGGCUCUCAGCCUGCUCAGUGCCUUAGGGAUCUUCAAUGGAUCAGCACUUUUCUUGGGCUACUUUUGUUCUGUUCCUUUUUAAGACAAUAAAUUCUUUUAACUGCAUGUCUUUGGUUUUCACCAAUGCUUUGAGCCACUGGGUGCAGCCUGAUGGAACCACCUCCACAGGUUCGCAAGGGGGCAUUAAGUCGUUAGGAAAUCGUUAGAAAUGACGGGGCUGGGUGUAAUAAGCACUUACAGGUGAGGUCGGGUCGGGUUUGAGGGGAAAUUGAGCUGCUGCGGCUCCGCUCCUCCCAGCAUCGCCCUCCUGCCGGCACAUAAACCCCGCGCUCGCACACCAAGGGAUGGCGCGACAUGGCUCAGAACAGCAGACUUUGCCUCCCCAGGAAGUAAUUUAAUAGCACUAUAGUAAAUACUGACAUAUAACCUAAGGUAAAACCUUCUCAAAGUCUAAUGUCAAACAAAGUUUGCGGCAGUAAAAGCGACUUGAGUAAGAAAAGAUACUUGGAUUGAAAUUUUCCCUCUCAGGCCACAUCCAAGUCCUGCAGCGUGAGAACUAGAAAUACAGCUCGAUGGAGUUUGAGGUUCCAGCGCACAAAUCCCCCGGUCAGGUUGUUGGUGGGGGCGCGAACACGGCUCGACAAACGAGCUGAGCUGUGGACAUGGAUUGGGAGCCAUGGGGACGAGUUUAGUGUCACAUCUCGACGUCCCUUCUUGGAUCACAGACCAGGGUGCUCGGCAGCCGCGCUGCUCGGGGAGCUGGCUCGUUGUGGUGGGGGUGGGAACCAGCAGCGGGUUCUGGCCGAGUCACCCGCGCCAGGACGGUCCCAGGGGGUCGGUGUGACCCACGAGUCACCCGCGCCAGGACGGUCCCAGGGGGUCGGCGUGACCCGUGGUCGGCGUGACCCGUGGUCGGUGUGACCCGCAGGAGGCUCCAGCCCAUGGUCAGUGUGACCCGCGGAGGCUCCGGCCCCGAAGCCACGCGUGGCGAUUGCGCAGCCGAAGGGCACGGUGGCUGUGUAACUACCACAUGGCACCGGGGAAGCCGCUGGUCAUGGCAGCGCCGGCGUCGCCCUCGGCCCCUGCGGUGGCCCCCGCGACAUCGAUAGCCAGAAUUGUAUUUGUUUGUAUUUUUUUUAACGCUAUACAUUUGAUAUAACUGAAGAUCAAUUUUAAGAGCUUACAGUAAUAUAUUUUAAGUAAUAUAUAUUUUAGUAACUGUAAAAAAGAAACAGGCAAAGGAUGGUUUACGAAGUCGAUCAACAGGGUAGCGGGGCGUGCGGUUUCUCAGCAAGGCCAAGGACACUUUUAUUACAGGAGAACUGAAAAGAGUCAGUUUUUCCACUCAUGCAAUAAAAAUGGGAAUUGUCAACAGGAGGAAAUCCAAGACUGUUUCCUACGCGCUUUCUUGUUCUGCCAGCUGGCCUGAAAACACAGUUUAGACGAUACUGGACCUCUGUCUGUCUUUUGCCUUUUUAAAAGGGAUUUAAAUUGGAAUAGAGGGUAUGUACAGAAAAAUCGAGUCGACACCAUUUUAAAAUGUAUUUUUACACAAAUAAUAUAGAAAAAUCAUAUUUUACAUAAGAAUUUUAAGUAUUUGAAAUCUGUAUAUAUAUACUGUAUGUACUUCAUAUAUUCUUUAUUUUACAUUUUCAAUGUAUUAAAAAGUAUUUGAGCUGUU